GAUGGAAAUUGGAAAAAUAUUGAUUCUCUAAUCAAAACUUUAAUCCAGUAGUCGGCAAAUUCUUGAUAUCAGAUUUACAAAUUUUCAAAUCAGACCUCCUAAAAUCCCCAAGCUGUCAAAAUGAUCGCAUUAAGUUUGAAUGUAACUCCAUCUUCCAACUGGCAUUUCAUCAUUUCUUCAUCUUCCAGUCUCUACCCAGAAUCCCAAGAGAAUCACCAUCAACAACAACAACAACCAUAAGCGUUCUACUCCGUUUUCAUUGACCCAUAAAAUCCAAAAAGGGUUAUACUCUCUCGCUCUUGUAAUUGAAUUUUUGAUCUCAAAAACCCACAAAAUUUCUGGUCGGAGAGAGAAGGAAAUGGAAUCGCCGCCGUCGAUGAAGAAGAUAGGUCAAGGAGGCGGGUCUUCGGAAAGCGGAGGAUCGGAGAGUGGGGCGGAGGAGAAGGGGUGUAGUCGGACGAGGUUCGAAUACUUCGGAUGGGUUUAUCAUUUGGGCACCAAUUCAAUUGGGCGCGAGUUUUGUCAUCUUCGAUUUCUCUAUAUUCGUGGGAAAUACGUGAUGAUGUAUAAACGCGAUCCUCAUGAAAACCCUGGCAUUAAACCACUAAGGAGGGGUGUUGCCGGGAACACACUUAUGGUGGAGGAGCUAGGACGAAAAAAGGUCAAUGAUGGUGAUCUUUAUGUUCUAAGGUUUUACAACCGACUAGAUGAAGAGAAGAAAGGAGAAAUUGCUUGUGCUACAGCAGGAGAAACCCGAAAAUGGAUGGAAGCAUUUGAUCAAGCAAAACAACAGGCUGAGUUUGAGCUUUCUCAAAGUUCCACCAGACACAGAUUGAACAUGGAGAACGAGAUUGAUCUUGAAGGGCGUCGCCCAAGGGUAAGGAAAUAUGCACAUGAUCUAAAAAAGCUUAUAAGAAUAGGACAUGGUCCAGAGUCACUUGUGAGAAGAUCAUCAAACUUGGGUAGACAUCAAAGGUCUAAUGAGUUCAUGGAAGGUGAUGCUGCAGAUGUCAUUGAAGCACAUGAGUGGAGAUGUGUUCGUACAAUCAAUGGUGUCAGACUCUUUGAGGAUGUGUCUGACAACAAGUCGCGCAGCAAAACUGUACUUGUGAAGGCUGUUGGUGUUGUGGAUGCAAGUCCAGAUACUGUUUUUGAGGUGGUUUUGAACGUUGAUAGACAUAGAAGAUAUGAGUGGGAUGCAUUGACUGGUGAUUUAGAGCUUGUAGAUUCUUUAAGCGGUCAUUCUGAUGUUGUUUAUGGAUCUUAUGAUUCCAAAUGCUUAACUAGUCGAAAACUGAUGUGCUAUUCUUAUAGAUGGCAGUCUAAGCGCGAUUUCAUAUUCUCUAGACAAUGGUUUCGUGGGCAAGAUGGAACAUAUACAAUCUUGCAGUUUCCUGCAAUGCAUAAGAAGCAUCCUCCAAAAUCUCGACAUCAACGAAUAAAGAUUAAUCCUUCUUCAUGGGAGAUCAGGAAUCUAAGAGCUUCAGUGGGAUCACAUGGUGAUAGAUGUCUUGUAACACAUAUGUUAGAGAUAGAUUCAAGAGGCUGGUUUAAAUGGAAAUGUGGUCAAGGCUCAAAAUUUGAAAAUUCGAUUCCUUUUGCCUUGUUGAACCAAGUUUCAGGUUUAAAGGCGUAUAUUGGGGCAAGUCCUGGACUUACAUCAGAAUCAUCAACAACACUUGUGGCUUCAAAAGGCUCUGAUGUUUCAGGAUCCAUUAGUGAGUUUGAAGAUGCUGAAGUUGCUGAAGAGUUUUAUGAUGCAAUUGCUGCUGAUUCAUCAUCAUCAUCAUCUUCAGAUGAUGAAGAUGAUGAGAACACUCAACUUGAUAGCAAGGGCCAAAGAGUGAAGCUAAAGAAUGUUUCAUGGGCUAUUGCCCGAUUGGCUCUAACAGCAAAGAAAGCUAUGGAUGGAAGCCAUGAGUUAGAUCCAAAUGUGGAACCAGUUAAUCUUGAUUCUAGUUUGUUCCAUGGAUCAAUGCACAAAGGGAAAAGUGAGUCUGAUGCAAAUUGUUGGACAUCUCCAAGUGGUGCUGGUUUUAAGAUUAGAGGGAAGACAUAUAUGAAAGAUAGUACUAAGGUAGCAGGAGGGGAUCCCCUUUUGAAGCUUAUAGCAGUUGACUGGUAUAAACUAGAAACUUCCAGAAGUAAAGUGGCUUUGCAUCCCAAAAGCCUUGUACAGUCAGAAGCUGGAAAAAAACUUCCAUUCAUCCUUGUAGUCAACCUGCAGGUUCCAUCAAAACCAAACUACAGCCUAGUUAUGUAUUAUGCUGCAGAUAGGCCUGUAACUAAGGGGUCAUUGUUGGGUAAAUUUAUUGAUGGAAAUGAUGCAUUUCGUGAUUCAAGAUUCAAAUUGAUUCCAAGCAUUGUACAGGGAUAUUGGAUGGUGAAACGUGCAGUCGGGACAAAAGCUUGCCUAUUGGGAAAAGCCGUAACUUGUAACUAUUUAAGACAAGACAAUUUUUUGGAGAUUGAUGUGGAUAUUGGUUCUUCAUCCGUUGCAAGGAGUGUCAUCGGUAUUGUUCUUGGAUAUGUAACAAGCCUAGUUGUUGAUCUUGCCAUCUUAAUUGAGGGAAGGGAGGAGAAAGAAUUACCAGAGUAUAUUCUUGGAACGGUUGUUAUGAUGGAUUGGGAUUCAGAACACGAAGGUAACACAGACCCAUUUUUUGGUUUACGCAAGCCUUUCUCUGGUCUUAAUGAGAUGGAUUUUGAGCUUCAUGGCAUCUACAUGGAUCAUGAACCAGACGAAGAGUUCAUUACUCCACUGGACAAGUGUAAGGAUGCAUUUCUUAAUGUGUUACUAAGUGAUGAAAAUAUUAGAAACUCUAGUUUGACUAAUGAUGUAAGAGCACAAGUGUAUCAUCGUGGUGACUUGCAAAGUGAUGAAGAUGAAGAAGAGCAAGAACAGAUACUUGAUUGUAGGUUCUGGGGAAUAAUUCAUAGUCAAGGGCAUGUGUUUGAGGCCAGAAGAGGGUGUGACAGUUAUAGGGUGGACUUAGAUGAUAUGACAUGUUCAUGUAGGCUGUGGGAUUUGGCUGGCAUCCCUUGUGUGCAUGCAAAUGCAGCAAUUAAUUUUAUCCAUCAAACACCAGAUGCAUACAUCAAUGCAUACUUCUCUAAAGAGAAAUUUAGGCAAUGUUACUCAACAAACAUUGAACCUGUUAAUGACAGCAAUCUUUGGGCCCAAACUGAAUACAUUAAGCCAUUGCCUCCAAUGUCUAGGAGGAUGCCUGGUAGGCCUGCUACCAAAAGAAAGAGGCAUGCCAGUGAGAAGGAGAGCAAGUUUUCAACAACAAAAGUGAAGGUUGCAAGAACUACCAGAUGUGGUAAUUGUUUGGAAUAUGGUCAUAACAAGAGGGCAUGUAAGAAUGAGAGAAAACAAUAUGUGCCUCCCCCACCAAAGAAGACAGGAAGGCCAAGAAAACAUCUCAUCCCCCAUAUGUCUACAAGCCCUGGUCAACCAAAUGUCUCAAGUCAACCUUCAUGCUAUAACACAGUGAGGAGGAGUCCAAGAAAACAUAACACGUUGAGGAUGAGUCCCAGAAAACAUCAGCAACAGGCAGGUUCUAAAAGAUUUAUGAGAAAUAGUACUGAUGUACCAAGGAAGAAGUUGUGCACAAGGAGAGGUGGUGGGAGGAUUGGUUCUGCAACUAUAGGUACUCAAGAGAGUGUGGUUCAACAAGUUCCAGUUGUUGAUGAGGGUGAAAAUGUGAUGGGUGAUAAUGUGGGUCAAAGUGUGGUUCAACAAGUUCCAGUUGUGCAGGAAGUUCCAGCAAUUCAUAUUCAAGAUGGUCAUAUGAUGCAAGAAGGAGAAAGUAGUCAAGCAAGUGUGAUGGAAGGUAGUGACACUUUUGGGCAAGUAGGGUCCAGUAUUGGUAGGAAGCUUAAAUCAAUAAAUGAUGAAAUUGAACAAGGUAUUGAUGCAAUUUUAGAAGGGGUUAACUUCACAAACAAAACAAAGUCCAGUCCACUAAAUGGUGACAAUGAGGUGGAAGAUAAUCAGUUUAUUGAGUUUACUGAGGGAAAAAAGGAUGAUAUUCUCCCAGAGAAGAUACAUUUAGGACCUGAAGAAAUUGCUAGUAUGCUAGAAGCUGGUUAUAGCAUGGCAGAAAUAGAAGCUAUGCCAGGGGUACAAGUGGAAUUGGAUGAUUCCCCACCAGUUGAACUGGAUGUAAAUGAUUUCAUUGACGGUCAUCAUUCUGAUGAUGAUGUUGGUCUGGAUGGUGGAGCUGAAGGUGCUGGAGAUGAAGUUGCUGGUGAUGGUGGUCUGGAUGAUGAUGUUGGUCUGGAUGUUGGACCUGAUCAUGGUGCUGGAUAUGAAGGUGCUGGUGAUGGUGAUGAAGAAGGUCCUGGUGGUGGAUAUGUUGAUGAUGGUGAUGGGCCUGAAGGUGAUGGUGAUGAAGAAGGUCAUGGUAGUGGAGAUGUUGAUGAUGGUGAGGAAAACCAGGGUGAUGAUGAAGGACAUCAGGUUGUCCCAAUGGUUAGGAGGAGAACAAGGAAAACUUCUGAGAGGAUUACCAAGAUAAAGCUAAGGAAGGGUGUCUAUAACAAAGAUGGUGGUGGUUCUUCUUUUGUAAAGCCAAUCAACUUGGAGUAG